AUGCGUAGCUCAUUUACGAAAACACGACUGCGUGGCAAGCUGGUCACGCGUAAUGGUGCAAUCGCUCUUCUAAAAAAACUAGUAGUAUCAAAAAUGUGGCUCUUGAAGGCACUCAUCCUUGCGGUUCUACUAGCAUUCGCGUCGACAAGUCUGCCGCUUAGACCAAAAUGCAAGGACUGCAAUAUUUGGAUGAAGGACGAAAUCAACAAGAAGAUUUGCUCAUCUGAAUGCGUGGAAUAGCAACCGCUGCAUGAUCUACUGCGAGCCUGCAAUUAAAACUGAAGUCCCUGUAUUAACCCUCAUUUUUCCCAAUUAGAUAAUCUUGUGUUUGGUUGUACAUUUGUUAUGAAAAAGCAUCGGAACGUUCGAAUCAUUCAGGGAUUACAAGAAAAGCUAUGAGCGGUUAUUAAAUCUACGUGAAAAUCG